GUUGCUACCCACUGACCGCGGUAUAUAUUGUGAGUGCAUCGCUGCGCUUGCGCAUUGACCCUUCAUCCUCGAAUUAGUGACGUGUGUAAUUAUGAAGGGCGGUUUUGUGAUUGUUUGUGUGGCUGUCUGGGUUGCUGAGUGUAGCGGCUCCUUCAUCACACCAUGCCGUGAAGAAGACUUACCCUGUCUAAAGGCAUCAGCACAGGAAGCAGUUCCGAUCCUCGCUGCCGGUAUACCCAGCAUGGGUAUCGCGACCCUGGACCCAAUGCAUGUGGAUCGCGUGAAGACCAUGCAAGCUGGACUGCUCAUGGACUUUAGGAACACGUCGGUGACAGGAUUGAAGCACUGCAAGGUUCUGAUGUUAAAACGACAUGGUCCUUUAACGAACUUGGACCUGAAGUGCUCGGUAACGAUGGUGGGCGACUACACUCUCGGCGGCAAGCUGCUCAUCAUGCCCAUCAACGGAGACGGCAGAUACGCCAUCAAGAUCCGUGACAUCGUAGUGAAGAUCCAGUUUCACAUUGGUCAGAAGACGAGGGACGGAGACCAGUACUGGGUAGUGGAGAGCUGGAAGCACACCUCAGAGGUCGAGAAGGGAGUCCACUUCAGGUUCAAGAACCUGUUCAAUGGAAAUCAGGAGCUUUCUGAUGCAGUCCACAACUUCGCGAACAGCAACUGGCGUGACAUCUUCCACGAGGUGGCGCCCCCUAUCGUGAAGGCCAUCGUCUCCAAGAUCGUUAGCGAGUCUACUAAACUCUUCGACAAAGUCCCCAUCAAGGAGCUCGUUAUAGAAUAGAACUGUUGUAUUUUGA